CAACAAGAUGUUCUCAUUUCUAGUUUUUUUGCAACUAAGAGCUAUUUGUUAUUCAGAAGCAAAGUUAAAUCCAUAGUGUUUGAUGGCUGAUACUAUAUUACAGGAGGUUCUUUUUAGCACAGGAGGGAUGUGCUUGAUUUACCUGCAUUCUAAACCCUAGUUGUUUUGGAUUAUUUUUUUUGUUCUGCUAAUCCACAGAUAGAAGAAGGAAUGGAUUUGAAAAGAUGUAAGCUGCAGUGUCAGGAAGGGGGAAAACCCUGCCUUCUAGUAUUCAGGGUUCAAGGCUAAAGAGAGGAAUUGCAGUACGUUCCUGUUAAAUCUUAGCGUAUGUUGCACAAAAUAGCAACAUCUUUUGGGGAAGCUGUAUAAAGGAAGAUUGCAUGAUUUUGCAGCUAAACUACCAACCAAGCCACACCUUUUUAACUGAUUAGUAACAAUAACUUGCCAGUGAGGCACCCUUCCUGGUGAUGAUAGGACACAGGGUAGUCCUGACUGUGCAGCAGGCUCCUGGGCUCGUUACACCACACAUGCUGCUUGGCGUAGUGACAGCCUCGCCAGCUCUGCCCAUCACAGCCCCUGGGUGCUGGCAGACCCUUGAGUGAAUUGGCAGUUCCUUUUAGUUUUAAGUUUGCAUUGAAGAGGAACUAGUAUGUGCGUAGGUAGUGAUGGAUGUUAUCCUGGAAGUGACUGUCACUGCCCUGUCCCAGUUGCUGCUACUGACCAUAACCAGCACUGGGGAGAUCCCAUCCCACCAGUUGGUGCUUCAGGACCGGGCAGUGGUUUGCUCCAGAGUUGGUUUUGCCCGUCAGCCACAAGUUCUGGUACAUAAUCAGCUUUGCUGUCAUCUUUAAUUAGAAUGGUAUUAGUCAUUCAGAUUUUUUUUUUAAUUUACGCACUGUGGUAAAUAAUGAAGUUAACACUUGGCAGUUAACACUUAGUAUUAGAUGACCAGAACAGAAUGGGUUCAAGAACUGAAGUCCAAAAAUUCCACAGUGGGUAUACUUUUAUAUGCUCUUAGGUCUGUGAUACCAUGUUUUUUCUUAUUUAUUUUUUUCUCUCUUGAACAUUUAAGGAUUUACUUUCUUCAUCUGCAUACAGAGCACACAUACUGUGUUCUUUUGUUGGGAUCUUUGUUUGCUGUGUAGGAAUAUCCCAAAAGCUCACAAUUGGUGCAUCCUCAUGGUAUGAUACCCUUUCAUAACAGUCUGAAGCCAUAGAUGUUGAGGUCUCUAUCCCUGUGGAUUGCAUACAUCGUACCCAUCUUUGGAUAAAAUUCUGGUACCCUAAUUAAAAUAGUACUUUGAAGAAAAUCUAUAGAAAGUAUAUGCCAUGACUUUUGAGACAAAAUUUUUGAGUUGUAUUAAUCUUGGGUUCAUGGGAAAGAUAUGCUUAGUUAUUACUACCACCAACCUCUGUUACUGUUUAGAGUACUUAAAAAGUUAGGAAAUGCCUGCCUUCUGCCUCCUCAAAAAAAACCCAACCCCAUCUCUAAGUGUUGAGCACUCUGCUUUGCCUCAAUCACAGAAGGAAUUGAGGCUAGGAAGAAGGAGCUCUGGACUAGGCUCUUCCUUAACAAGCGAGGCUGCUCUAGUCCUCGAAGGUGCUUGUGUAUUUUGGAAUUUCUAGGUCUUAGUGUGGCUGACAGCACUUUUGUCCAGCCUGCCUGCAUUUAUUCACGGUAAGUCAAGUAGUCAGGAAGCUCAGAAUAUCAUUAAUGUUUUGAAGAUGGUGUGAGGGUGCUAGUUUAACGUGACAUUAAAAGCCUCUCCUUUCACGCUUGGGCACUUGAGGACUUUGAGAGGAAGCGGGAGCCUGCCUGCCCUCGGGGGAAUGAGCCCCGCCGUACCUUUCCUUCGGCUCUGCUGUGGGACGGGUGGGAGCCGCCGCCGGCGGGCCCGACCGGGGCGGCUUGCCCUGGCAGGACGACUAGCGCCGGGAGGACCCCCAUCCUCGCCCGCACGCCCACCCCGCGCCGGGGAAAGGGUGUUCCCGGGGCGGGCGAAGGGCGGGAAGGGGGGCGGGUUGUCGAGGGGGAAAAGCAGCGUCUGUCGGCGCAGACGGAGCCCACACCCCGCGCUGCCGCCGCCGGCUGGGGCUCCUCGUCCGCCUCUCGCCAUGGGGCUGCAGCCCCGGCGCGUAGCGGGACCCUGUCCGCCCGCGGGGAGAUGCGCCGCCCUGCCCGGAGCGCGCACCGCCGCUGCCUGGGCCCGCAGCGAGGAGCCGGAGGGAGCUCCCGGCCGCACCGCGUCCCUGCCGCCCAUCCUGCCGGCGGCCGCCGCCGCAUCUCCCGUCGUCGCCCGGGCGCAGCCCAAGAAGCCGGCGGCGGCCGGGGCCCCUAAGAAGGCAGCGCCUCGGCCCGCGGAGGAGAAGGCGGCGAGGAAGGCGCGGGGAGCGCCCCCGGAGCGGGCGGGCCCCCUCUCCAGCUCCUGGCCCUGCUCCACCCUGCAGCGGCAGCCGCCGCGGAGGCCACCGCCCGAGCGAGGGACGCGGCCCCAGCCCGCUCCGCCGCAGCCGCGGGGCCGCCCGGGGGCGCCGGGGGCCGGCAGCCGCUCUUGCGAGAGCCUCGGUGGGGCGCCGGGGGAGACGGCGCUGCGCUUCUCGCUGAGCCUGCCCCCGGAGGCCAUCCGGGUGCUGCAGCGCCGCAGCCUGGAGCGGCAGCGGGGGCAAGCUGCCCCCUCCCCCGGCGGCAGAGCGGCCCCGGCGCGGCGCGGCGCCCGGGCGGGCGGCGGCGACUUGCGCGCCCUGCUGAAGAUUUCGCUGCUCAACGACAGGCACCGCUACGACGACGAGGAGUAUGAGGAGGAGGAGGCGGCGGCGGCGGGGGCCGCGGUGGACGAGGGACUGGUGCGGAAAUGCACCGAGUGGCUGCGCGGCGUCGAGAGCGCCGCCGGCCGCGACCGCCCCGACAGGCUGGAGACGCUGCCGCACCUGGGCACCCUCUGAGCCCCGCCGGGGGACCGGGGCUCGGGGAGGCGGGGGGGGGGAUGCCGCUGUCCGUAGCUGUUGUGUCCUUUGUGGUGUCGUCCGCGCCGGGGGAGAGCCGGCGGGUGACGGUAAGGGCUGGCGGGGCCCACGGCCCAGAGCCGGUCCCCGGGGCGGUGUCGCCGCCGUCGGGGCGAGGGACAAAGGAGCGGCACCGGCCUCCGCCCGCCAGUGCCCGGGUGCUGGGAGCGAGAGGAGCCCGGCUGUGGGCGUCCUCCCUCGCCCCUCGUUGUUCCCCCCCCCCCCCGUUUUUUUUUAAGACUUCUGACUACUUUAUAAAAUGUGCGUAAUGAUUUUGUAUAUUUGUACAUAAAAGUUCAUUUUUAUUUAUUUGAAUAAAUGACUCAACUUUCGUGUUGCAGUAGCCUUAGCGCCUUAGUAGCUUCAUGCCGGGCUGUUCCUAAUCUGGCUGUGACUGCCAGACUCUGUAUUUGCUGUCUAGGUGUCCUCAAGGUAAGGAUGGCGGGCUGAUAACCGCACGGGGAGCGUGUGCAGUUCAAAUAUUUGCGUGUUUAGGAUGGCUGGUGAUACAGUCACCGACAACUCGGCUCCAAACAAAACGCUGAGCCGUUGGAUGCGUCUCUUGAGCAAGCGCAGCGGCGGGAAUUCAGCGAGAGGAACGAGCCAGUGCGGCGGAGGAAGGCAGGACAUCGAGCGGACGGGAGCGAGCC